AUGUUAGGACACACUAUCACUAUCACGCCAUCCCUGCAAAAACCCCUCCUACUUUUUUUAGCCCUUGCUACAUCUGUCCGCCUAGAGAAGCCGUUGGCCCGGAAGUCGCAAAAGGCUUGGUUGGGUUUUGAUGAGGCGGUGUCCACAUGCCCAACAGAGUGGAGCGAUUAUGUCGACGCUUAUAAUAUGUACAUACUUGGCCAUGCCAACAAACCUACCUGGUUCGCCGUGACCUCCCCAUACAUGAAUAUGUAUGUACCCAGGCAGAAGCAGCCAACCUAG